AUGCUUUCCUAUUUAUUCCUUAUUGCGGUGGCAAUCCUCUCAUUUCAUCAAACAUUUGCGCAAGUGGGUCCUCACAUCUCCGUUCCUGAAUACAAUGCCACCGUAACUCCUGGCGACCACAUCACCAUCGAAUACACGUAUCAGAAUAUGGGUACGGGUAAUUACAGUGUCGACUUAUCGUUGUGGCAAGACGCUUCGGCAACGCAGCUUCUUCAAAAUAUCACCACUGAUCACGAGAUUCCUGGUGGCAACUCGACCGGCUUUCAGCUCAACUUUACGUAUACCGCGUCGUAUGAUUGGAAAGUGCCUGGUGGAUUAUCAGUCAAAAAAACUUUUGACAAUGGCACCGAAAUCGAAGAAGCACCUCAGCUUAUCUAUUUGACGGUUACGUGCGAAGCUGAUACAUACUUUUACGAAGAUUUACGCUUACGAUCACGUCCCAUCAUGCUUCAUUACAAUGCGGCUGGUAUCAAUCUGCCCAACGUGCUAUUGUUGGCUCUAUCCACAGCAUCAGCCGUAUUCAUCUUCUUUUUUGCCUAA